CACCCCCCUCAUCCCGGCGGCACGCAAGAACCACGGGGACAUUGUCAAGGUCCUGCUCGACUACCAGGCGGAUGCGAACAGACAGACUCGGAAAUUCGGACACUCUGCCCUGAUCAUGGCAGCCUUCCACGGCAACCUCGGCAUCGCCCAGGACCUGCUGGCGAAGGCCGCGAAGGUCGACCUCCCGAACAAGGCCGGAAAUACACCACUGAUUCAGGCAGCGAAGGAAAACCACUUAGAAGUUGUUAAGUUUCUGCUCGGCCAAGGCGCUGCCGUCAACCACAAGAAUAAUGAAGGAACGACUGCUCUCAUCUGGACCGCCAACCGGAACCACACGGAGGUCGUCAGGCAUCCUCUGGAGGUCGGCGCUGACCCCAACAUCCAGAAUUGA